GCUCUCUCUGGUUCUUACUUUGACGCACCUUCGAUCUAAAAAAAUGCCGCAAAUUUUUGGCGAAGAGAGGAAGGAAGAAGAAGAAAGGCGAGAAAGACAAAGAAGAACAAAAAGAGAAAACAAUGUUGAGGACUCGAUUGGUGUGGUUCACGGUUGGGUUUUCGCUGUCGGGAGCUGCGAUUGCGCAGUUCAUCGGCAGAGAUCUAUGGGCGGAGCGAGUCGCCCUUUCUUCUCACGUGAAGCAAAAGAUGGAGACUCUUGAAGCUCGAGUGUCCAAUCUCGAGUCGAUCACUCCGCAGAACUCGACUGCUUCUCAGGCUAAGGAGUAGAAUUUACUGCAGAACUCCAAACGGAACUGGUGAUUGAGAGCCGUUUUUGCUUGUUCAAUCUGCCUUGUUCAAGAACUGGAGUAACUGAGUUAUGUUGGGUGAGAUGAGAUCACAUCUUAUUUGAUUACUAAACUAGUGAAAACAUUAUGUUUGUUAUUAGCAUCUUUCGGGGUUAGCAAUUGUGUUGAAAAGCUACAGAAUUGAUGCAAAUGUACUAAGAGUCCCCAUUCUUUUUUUUAUGUUGAUUACAUAAUCAUGAUCUUCAAUGAGAAUUUGGAUAAUUUUGACACCGGAAGUAACUAGUUUGGUUGAUUGCAGAAAUCGAAUUUGAUUUCUCACAGGAAAGUGAUUUCCCAUGUUGCUGUGUUGCUCCGGAGAGAAUGCCAACUGGCUCACUGGCACUGCUCAUUCAUUAAGGCUCCAUAAAAUAUAAAUACGUUGUAACAGA